AUGGCGCCCCGGCCCCGCAGGCCCCGGCGGGAGGCGGCCGCGCUGCCCGGCCUGGCCUCCUCGCUGUGGGCGCUGGUGCUGCUGGCCGGGCUGCUGGUGGCCUUCUGCAGUCAGCUGGCCGCUGGCACCUGUGAGAUCGUGACCCUGGACCGGGACAGCAGCCAGCCCCGGAGGACCAUCGCCCGGCAGACGGCGCGCUGCGCCUGCAGGAAGGGGCAGAUCGCGGGCACCACGAGGGCGCGGCCCGCCUGCGUGGACGCUCGCAUCAUCCGGACGAAGCAGUGGUGUGACAUGCGGCCGUGCCUGGAGGGCGAAGGCUGCGACCUGCUCAUCAACCGCUCCGGCUGGACCUGCACACAGCCCGGCGGGCGCAUCAAGACCACCACGGUCUCCUGA